AUGCAGAGGAAUGCUAACAUGGUAGAAUCAGUGAAACCUUAUCAUAUAUCAUUGUCACACAAGUUUGAGCCAUCUGUUGGCCAAUUAUCAGGUAACAGAUGGCUCCAGCAAAUUGCUGUCCUAGUAUUUGUAUGCAAUCGUCCAAAUGCUAUUAGAAAUCAUCUAAAAAAAUUACUCAGGUAUCGACCAUCAGCUCAAAAGUUUCCAAUAAUAGUAAGUCAGGAUUGUGAUGAUCCUAAUGUCAGAAAGGUCAUCGAGAAAUUUGGUACCGAUGUGAUGUACAUUAAGCAUUUGAAUGGUCAGAGUGCUCAUUUCAUAGUAAGGCCGCAACAGGAACGUUAUAUCACUUAUUAUCAGAUAGCACGACAUUAUAAACUUGGUCUAUCAUAUGUAUUCGAUAAGCUUAAUUAUUCCACUGUUAUCAUCACUGAAGAUGAUUUGGAUAUAGCACCUGAUUUUUUUGAAUACUUUAGCGCCACACGUCCACUUUUGGAUGCUGAUAAGACAUUGUAUUGUGUAUCAGCAUGGAAUGAUAAUGGUAAAGCUAAUUUAAUUGAUAAGAAACAACCUGAACUGUUAUACCGUAGUGAUUUUUUUCCUGGACUUGGAUGGAUGAUGACUAAAGAAUUAUGGAAUGAAUUAGGUCCUAUUUGGCCAGCUGGAUUUUGGGAUGAUUGGAUGCGUAACAAUACGAUACGUAAAAAUCGAGCUUGCAUUCGACCUGAAAUAUCACGUACUGGUAUGACUAUUGAGGGCAAAAAAGGUGCAAGCGGGGGAUUGUUUUUCACCCAACAUCUUGUCAAAAAAAAUUAUGAUUAUGCAUUUUUGAAACGAGUUUUUGCCGCGCCGCUUAUCUCAUCAGCUGAUCAACUGAUGAAAGCUAUAAUGAAUGGUAAUAAUGCGACACGUAUUCAAUACAGCACAUUAGAAAAUUAUCUUCAAAUUGCUAAUCAAUUAAAAAUAAUGCGGGAUUUCAAGGAUGGAGUACCACGGACAGCAUAUAUGGGUAUAGUAACAUGCUUUAUGAAUGAAGUACGGAUAUAUAUAGUACCAGAUUUGAAUAAUUGGUCAGGAUACGAUCCAAAUUGGGAAGCACCACCAUCAUAA